AUGUCUACCGUCGCCAGCUACUCCCUUGCCAUCUUCCCUAUGUCUGCCGUCGACAGCUACUCCCUUGUCAUCUUCCCUCUGUCUACCGUCGACAGCUACUCCCUUGUCAUCUUCCUUAUGUCUACCGUCGACAGCUACUCCCUUGCCCUCUUCCCUAUGUCUACCGUCGACAGCUACUCUCUUGCCAUCUUUCCUAUGUCUACCGUCGACAGCUACUCCCUUGCCAUCAUCCCUAUGUCUACCGUCGUUAGCUACUCCCCUGUUAUCUUCCCUAUGUCUACCGUCGACAGCUACUCACUUGUCAUCUUCCCUAUGUCUACCGUCGACACCUACUCCCUUGGCAUCUUCCCUAUGUCUACCGUCGACAGCUACUGCCUUGCCAUUUUCCCUAUGUCUACCGACGCCAGCUACUCCCUUGUCAUCUUCCCUAUGUCUGCCGUCGACACCUACUCCAUUGUCAUAUUCCCUAUGUCUACCGUCAACAGCUACUCCCUUGCCAUCUUCCCUACGCCUACCGUCGACAGCUACUCCCUUGCCAUCUUUCCUAUGUCUACCGUCGACAGCUACUGCCUUGCCAUUUUCCCUAUGUCUACCGUCGACAGCUGCUCCCUUGUUAUCUUCGCUAUGUCUACCGUCGACAGCUACUCCCUUGUCAUUUUCCCUAUGUCUACCGUCGACAGCUACUCCCUUGCCCUCUUCCCUAUGUCUACCGUCGACAGCUACUCCCUUACCAUCUUCCCUAUGCCUACCGUCGACAGCUACUCCCUUGCCAUCUUUCCUAUGUCUACCGUCGCCAGCUACUCCCUUGCCAUCUUCCCUAUGUCUCCCGUCGCCAGCUACUCCAUUGCCAUCUUCCCUAUGCCUACCGUCGACAGCUACUCCCUUGCCAUCUUUCCUAUGUCUACCGUCGCCAGCUACUCCCUUGCCAUCUUCCCUAUGUCUUCCGUCGACAGCUACUCCCUUGCCAUCUUCCCUACGCCUACCGUCGACAGCUACUCCCUUGCCAUCUUUCCUAUGUCUACCGUCGCCAGCUACUCCCUUGCCAUCUUCCCUAUGUCUCCCGUCGACAGCUACUCCCUUGCCAUCUUCCCUACGCCUACCGUCGACAGCUACUCCCUUGCCAUCUUCUCUAUGUCUACCGUCGACAGCUACUCCAUUGCCAUCUUCCCUAUGCCUACCGUCGACAGCUACUCCCUUGCCAUCUUUCCUAUGUCUACCGUCGCCAGCUACUCCCUUGCCAUCUUCCCUAUGUCUAACCCAUCCCUUACCAUCUUCCCUAUGUCUACCGUCGACAGCUACUCACUUGUCAUCUUCCCUAUGUCUACCGUCGACACCUACUCCCUUGUCAUCUUCCCUAUGUCUACUGUCGACAGCUACUCCCUUGUCAUCUUCCCUAUGUCUACCGUCGACACCUACUCCAUUGUCAUAUUCCCUAUGUCUACCGUCAACAGCUAUUCCCUUGCCAUCUUUCCUAUGUCUACCGUCGACAGCUACUCCCUUGUCAUCUUCCCUAUGUCUACCGUCGACAGCUACUCCCUUGCCACUACCGUCGACAGCUACUCCCUUGCCAUCUUCCCUAUGUCUACCGUCGACAGCUACUCCCUUGCCAUCAUCCCUAUGUCUACCGUCGUUAGCUACUCCCCUGUUAUCUUCCCUAUGUCUACCGUCGACAGCUACUCCCUUGCCAUCUUCCCUAUCUCUACCGUCGACAGCUACUCCCUUGCCAUCAUCCCUUGCCAUCUUCCCUAUGUCUACCGUCGACACCUACUCCCUUGCCAUCUUCCCUAUGUCUACCGUCGUUAG